AGAGCUUCAGGAACGGAUGGGCCGGGUUAGCACUGGGUUGUCAGAGGAAACCAUUGCAAAUCAGCUUAACACAAGAACCCAUAUUUCAUCUGCGAAUCAGAACGAAGAACCUGAAAUCUGUGUUAUAUGCCAAGCGGAGUAUGAAAAGAACGAGACAAUUGGAAGACUUGGAUGCGGACAUGAAUAUCAUGCAGACUGCAUAAAAACGUGGCUCCUUGAAAAAAAUGUUUGCCCUAUCUGCAAAGCUACACCUUUUUGAUCAUAUAUAUAGUAGAGCUAGAAAACGACUUUUAGAGAGGCCAAGGAUGAUGUGUAGACUCUGUUUAUUUCAUUUGUUUCUCUCAUGUCUAUUGUGGACAGUGUAUUGACGUGUUUAUAUAAUUCAGUUGUUUCAUCAUUAACUAUCU